UGCACUUUGGCUCACGUUGACAUCCGGCGCUUUUUGCUACCAAGUAGUUCUUGACAUGGACUAGAAUCGCGCGACUCGUUCGUUCUAGUCGUUUUUACAGUUGUAGGUCUAGUCGAGUCGUAGUCGUGAAGUAGCUUGUUGGAGCUCAUGUGUCGAUGGCGAGCCAGAAACUACUUGGGGCCAUUGAAGAUCCGCCGCGCGAAGGACGUGGAUUGGCUCAGAAUGCUGGAUAUUUGACCAAUCAAAUCGCGUGCAAUCUUGGCGUGCCCAUUGUGGAGGGAACUUUUGGUUUCAGGAUGAAGCAGCAAUCGCUCCUGAGCUUCUUCUCGCCGCCGGCCAAGAAGCCACCGACGGGCGGCGACGCCAAGGAAGGAACACCUGCGACGUCGGCGAAGAAGGCGCCGGCGGCCAAGCCCUCGGCCGCCAAGGCCACACCGGCCAAGUCGACGCCGGCCAAGUCACCUGUGGCCAAGACGACGCCAGCCAAGACGACGCCGGCCAAGACGACGCCAGCCAAGACGACGCCGGCCAAGACGACGCCAGCCAAGACAACUCCGGCAAAGGCGGAAGCAAGCAUGCCACGGGUCGAGCUCACGCCACGAGCCAAGCCGCAGAAAUCGUACAAGGACGUCCUUGGCUCGAGCUCGGACGACGACGCGGACGACGACGAGCCGCUCACCAAGAAGCGCAAGCGCCUCACCAAGCCGCAGUCCAAAGCGAUCGCCAUCUCAGACGACGACGAGGAAGACGAGUGGAAAGAGCCCAAGGACGUGGUCAUGGUCGAGAGCGACGACGGCAGCGUCAGCCUCGCCAGCGAGAGCGAAGAAGACGUCAAGCCCAUCCAGAAGAAGGCAAAAACCAAGUCGCCAGUGACCAAGAAAGCGCCUCUGAAAGCGGCCAAAGCGCCGACGAAGGAGACACCGCCGGCGGGCAGCGGUGGCACGCUCCGCCAGCACGACGCGUGGCCAUGGCUCCACGCCGAGCGCAUGGACAUGAAAAAGCGCAAGCCAUCCGACCCCGAGUACGACGACCGGACUCUCUACCUCCCCGAGACGUUCUUGAGCAAGGAGACGCCGGCCAUGCAGCAGUGGUGGGCGGUCAAGCGCGAGAACAUGGACACGGUCCUCUUCUUCAAAGUCGGCAAGUUUUACGAGCUCUUCCAUAUGGACGCCGACAUUGGCUUCAAGGAGCUCCAGCUCAACUACAUGAAGGGCGAGAAGGCGCAUUCGGGCUUCCCCGAGAAGGCCUAUGCCAAGUACUCGUCGCAACUCGUGGCGCGCGGGUACCGCGUCGCGCGCGUCGAGCAGACCGAGACGCCCGAGAUGCUCAAAGCCCGGGGCACCAAGUCCAAGGUCGUGCGCCGCGAGGUCUGCUCGCUCUUGUCGCCGGGCACGAACACGAUCAGCUUCCUCGAUGGGUCGACGCCGGUGCUCCGGACGGGCGUUGCGUCGUACCUCCUCGCGUUGAAAGAGGAAGAGACGUCGUAUGGCCUUUGUCUCGUCGACUGCACCACUGGGGCGUUUGUCCUCGGGCAGUUUGAUGACACGCGGCAGCGCGACCGGCUGCGUACUGUCUUGGCGCAGUUUCACAUUGCCGAGAUCGUCCACGAGCGCCACGGGCUCUCGAAGGAGACGAAGGCGGUGCUCAACCACGGCCUUGCCACGUCGACGUGCGUCCGCACGGAGCUCAAGGCCGGCGCCGAGAUGUGGGAUGCGACCCGCACGGUGCGGGAGCUCAAGUCGGCUGCGUAUUUUGCGGCCGAGGCCUGGCCCAGUGUGCUCUUGGCGUGCAUCGACUCGGACGGGACGGUCAAGGCUGACAAGGCGCUGGCGAUUGGCGCGCUCGGCGGGUGCGUCUGGAACCUUCGCCGGAGCUUGAUCGACCACGAGCUUCUCUCGCUCGGGCAGUUUGCGACGUACACGCCGCCGGAUGCCUCAAGCGAGCUCACGCAGCGCUACGUGGUACUCGACGGCCAUACGAUCUCCAACCUCGAGCUCUUGCGCAACAACUACAACGGGACACGCCAAGGAUCGGUGCUGGAGCAGCUCGACAAGACGAUCACGGGCUUUGGGAAGCGGCGGUUUGAAGAAUGGCUGCUCAAGCCACUCUGCCACGUCGACGAGAUCCACGCGCGGCUGGACGCGGUCGCCGACCUCAUUGGGCUCCACCACAGCGUCGUAAGUGAAGUGCGGAGCAUCCUCAAGAGCCUUCCGGACCUCGAGCGCCUCUUGUCACGCAUCCACGCUCUGGGGUCGGCACACCGCGCGCAAACGCACCCGGACGGCCGUGCUAUCAUGUACGAGCUUGCGUCCUACAACGUCCGCAAGAUCAAGGACUUUGUCGCGGCGCUCAACGGCUUCAAAUCUGCGAUCCGGGUCGUCGAGUUGCUCCGGGACGCGGUCACCGCGCCUGUCCUGACCGAGUGGGUCGAGUCGUACCCGGAUGUCUCGGAGGUUCUGUCCUUCUUUGAUGCAGCGUUUGACCACCGCCAAGCACUGCAGUCCGGCACGAUCCAGCCGCAGGCUGGCGUCGACGCCGACUAUGACGACGCGGCCAACGAGGUGACGACGGUGCUCGACGAGCUCGAUGUGUAUCUGCAGGCGCAGCGCAAGGCGCUCAAAUGCAAGUCGAUCGUGUAUUGGGGCACCAAGCGCGAAGACCGCUUCCAGCUCGAAGUGCCCGAGUCGGCGAUCGGGUCGCAGCAACCCAAGGCGUACGAGCUCAAGAGCAAGAAGAAGGGCUUCAAGCGCUUCCAUACGCCCGAGAUCCGCGACUUGCUGCGGCGCCUCAUGGCCGCCGAAGACCGCAAGGAAGACGCACUCAAAGACCAGACGCGCAAGAUGUUUGCGACCUUUGAUAUGCACUACGCCAAGUGGCUUGCUGCCGUCCACGCUCUCGCAACGCUCGACUGCCUCAUUAGCCUCGCGCUCAUCUCGGGCCAGAGCGACGGCUACGUCCGCCCCACCUUUGUCAACGCCGCCGCCGACGGGCCCUUCCUCGAGAUUGUGGACGGCAAGCACCCGAGCAUUGCGGCGUCCGUGCCCGACUUUAUCCCGAACGACACGACGUUGAGCGGAUCGACGCCGAUGCUGCUGCUCAGCGGUCCCAACAUGGGUGGCAAGUCGACGCUCCUUCGGCAAAACUGCAUCCUCGUGCUCAUGGCGCAGAUGGGCUGCUACGUCCCCGCGACGUCGUGCGCGCUGACGCCGGUCGACCGUAUUUUCACGCGGCUCGGCGCGUCCGACCGCAUCCUCGCAGGCCAGAGUACGCUCUUUGUCGAGCUCGCCGAGACGGCGACGAUCCUCCGGCACGCAUCGCGCCACUCGCUCGUCAUUUUGGACGAGCUCGGUCGCGGUACCUCGACGUUUGACGGCACGGCCAUCGCAUAUGCUGUCGUCGAGCAUCUCUUGCACGGAAUUGGGUGCCGGACGAUGUUUGCGACGCAUUACCAUUCGCUCGUCGAAGAGUACAUUGAGAACGACCGCGUCGGCCUCGGCCACAUGGACUGCAUGGUCGACCCGGACAACGACGCCAAGGUCGUCUUCCUCUACAAGCUCGCCGACGGCAUUUGCCCCAAGAGUUAUGGCCUCAACGUCGCAACGCUCGCCGAGCUCCCGGACGACGUCAUUACACUCGCGGGCGCCAAGUCGGCCGAGUUUGAAGAUGCGCUCAAAAAUACGUUUGCGUGCUCGGAGCUGCAGUCAGCCGUGCGCAAUGCCGCCGCGGCGAGCGACGGCGCCGCCCUGCGCGCGCUCUGGACGAAUCUUGCCUAGUCGUUUUCUGUAUCUACAUAUACAUAUAUCGUCCUUCCAAAAUUUG